AAGGACAUACAUGUAGGUUUCUAAAACGGCAAUGGGGCUGUGUUUGUUAAGGAAUCAAACUAAAUACACCAUUGCAAUUGGAAAGGAACGUAGGGCGAUGAGAUCUGUCGUUUCCCGCAUUGGAGUGCGUCUUUUGACGGAAGGCAACUGGCGGUCAUCGGCCUUGGGCCUUCGCCACUCGAGCGAUGGCAGUGGUCGUGUUCUCAGCGAAGAAGAGCGUGCUAAAGAAACAGUCUAUGUUCAGAAAAUGGAGCGUGAGAGGGCGGAGAAGAUGAAAAAAAAGAUGGAGCAAGAGAAAGCUGACAAUGAUAAAUCUGAUAAGAAGGCUGAAGAAUAGGCUCAAAAGAGCUGAAGCGAAUCAUCUGUAGUGCACAUCGACUUUAUGAAUUCUUGGUUUGUAACAUUUUAGAGAAUAAAUGUAUCUGACCUUGCGUAUCUCUUGACUAGGCUUGGUCUUUGUAUACAGUUUGUCAUUAUUUUUAACUGGUAACGAUGGGUUGUAAUUUCGUUAUUUCUUUUCAAGACUUUUAUGAAUAUUCUUGCACGUGGUCUAGUUUUUAUGUCAAGAGAUGCUUUAUUCAGCAGGCAAAAUAAUGUUAGAUGUUAUUCAUAUAAA